GAACAGUAUACUUGCAAAAAUGUAUUCAUGCAAUUGAAAUGUCCAGUAUGUGAAGAAUGGCUAGAAACUGAUGUAUGCCAGGCAGUAGAAAAUGGGCACAAGUUCCACUGGAACUGUUUCUUUAAAAUGCAAAGCUCAGUUGAAAGAUGUGCUCUUUGCAUUGAGGACAACCUGCCGCCUGAAUAUGACUGUUUCAAAUUGAAGAUGAAUGAAGUAAAUGUAUAUGAGGAUAAAGCCUCAAUGAGGGACAUGGCUCACGAGAUUUUCACAUGUAACAUCUGUGGACAUGCUGGCACAAGUACAGAAAUAAAGUUACACACAGAGGAAGAUUGUGAAAAUGUUGGUUGCACAUGUGCCAUAUGUUAAAAGACAAGAACAGUUUUUCCAGAGCCAUUUGUGCCAUAUAAACCAGUUGAAUUGCUUCACUGCUUAAAUGUAACAACCA